UCUUUCAAUCCAAAGGGAUGGAAAUAACCACCACUGUAGUAAACAAUUCUUUAUCAUUCAAUGACAGUUGCAGCGACAUUAUGAUGGGGAGGAACAACACUCUCGAUCUUUUCCACCUUAUUAUUUUCUUAUUCAUUUUACUUUUUGGAACAAUAUUUAAUUCUACUGGCAUCUCGGUUUUUUACUUCAAGAUGAAGACUUACACAGAGACAAGAGUGUUCAUAAUGAGCCUAUUACUUAGUGACUUUUGCUUGCUCUUCACCAUUCCCUUUCGCAUUUUCUUCCUUAUAAACAAAUAUGGUUAUGGCCAGUCUAUAUGCCAAACAGUGCUCUUUUCAUACUUCCUGAACUUGUACUCAAGCAUAGCCAUCAUCACAUUAAUCUCAGUUGACAGAUACCUGGCCAUAAAAUUUCCGCUAAAAUCGAGAAUUCUGCGUUCUCCUACAAAGGCUGCAGUGGCUUGUGGAAUUGUGUGGUUGCUGCUUUGUGCCUCACAAUUUGGUAUAGUCUAUUCAGGAGAUUUAGAAUUUGUGCCAGGUUUCUGCUUUCAGAAAGUCAUUAAAAGACCCCUAAAGAGAAGCCUGUACUUAAGUAUCCUGGGAUUUUACAUCCCUCUGCCCAUAGUGAUUUUCUGCUCAGUGGAAAUCAUCAGGACCCUAAAGAAAAAAAGCACAACCACUGUGUACGAACAACAGUGCAUUAAAAAAUCCAUAUACUUAGUGUUGACCAAUUUGAUAGUUUUUAUUGUGUGUUUUCUGCCUCUCCAAAUUGGAAAUGUUGCAAGAUUUGUCAUAGAGUACUUAAAAUUAGAUUGUACACACAUAAAGAAUAUUAAUGACUUUGUAUAUGCUGUUCAACCUGUUGCAGAUCUGAACUGUUGCCUUGAUGCAAUCUAUUAUUAUUUGGUAGCAACAGAAUUCUCUGGAAAACUAUCAAAUUCAAAACAAGUCAGUAUCACAAAUCCUUUAAAGGAACAAACUCAAGAGACACAUAUGUAGGUUGGGAAGUGCCCCCUACUGCUCCUUGUGAAAUGACAUAAACUGUAUGCAACUGGAUAUCGUUGUUGGAUGUAUUAAUGUUGCUUUAUAUUUAAUAAUAUUCCAGUUCUUGACGUUCUCUUGUUUGAAUGCAAAGAAGACUGCUGAGUUCAGAAAAGAAAACAGAUUCUAUAUUGCACAGUUUUAAUGAUCAUGCUAAACAAACCAACCAAGAAAACAAAAAACAUCAUUGUUUACCAGAAUGCAGUUUCAAAACCUCAAUGAAUUUCUUCACUGCAUUUGUUCAGGCCUUCCA